AGCCACGUCGGAGAGAGAAGCGUCGUGCGUGCGUGGGAGGAUUUCGAUGAGAUGCGUCAUUAUUGAUAUGGUUUAUAUAAAUUUCCUCAGUGGUGUUCCCUUGCCCUGUAACUCUGUCUCUCCUUUUCUCUGUUCCGCUUUGAAUCAAAUUUGCCUCUCAAUUCAACCCUAAACAUCAGCGCCGGAGCUUUUCUACCUGUCUUUCACUUAUUUAUCCUUUCUUGAUAAGAUGGCAAUGGAAUAUUACUUUGAAGAGGCUGUGGCUCAAAAUGAUCUCCAUAGAGAAGAUAAGUGGAAAUCUACCUCAGAUGCAGUGGCAGAUUCUGAUGAGAACUCUGGUGGUUUUGACUGCAACAUCUGUCUGGAUUCCGUGCAAGACCCUGUUGUAACACUCUGUGGUCACUUAUACUGUUGGCCCUGCAUUUACAAGUGGCUUCAUUUCCAGAGUGUAUCUACUGAGGAUGAAGACCAGAAACACCAGCAAUGCCCCGUAUGCAAAUCUGAAGUUUCUGCUGACACCCUUGUCCCCCUGUACGGCCGCGGCCAAACCAUGAGGCCUUCCACAGGCAAGGCCCCUCAUCUUGGUAUAGUCGUUCCCCGGAGGCCACUUGGUCCUGUUUGUGGGAUUGAAUCUCCAAGAUCGACUGGUGCCACCAUGAAUGCACGCUUAAUGCCACAGCUUCAUUAUCACAAUCAUCGACACCAAUCACGGCUACACUACCCGCAACCAGGUGGUUAUCUUGCUUCACCUACACUGCACUCUGGUGGCAUGACAACAAACAUGGUCGAUCCACUGAUUGGCAUGUUUGGUGAAAUGGUUUAUGCAAGGAUAUUUGGCAACUCGAUAACCAAUAUGUAUACAUAUCCGAACUCAUAUCAUCUUGCUGGAAGCACUAGUCCCAGGAUGAGAAGGCACAUAAUGCAGGUCGAUAGGUCACUUAACAGAAUAUGUUUUUUUCUGUUAUGUUGCAUGAUUUUAUGUCUUCUUCUGUUCUGAUCUAAUCGUCCCUUCUGUGUUGUCCAUUAUCUACAUGUAAAAAUUAUGAGUAUGUGAAUAUAGGCGCUUCAGCCAGCGAUGGUAGAGAUAUUCCUCUUGUGCUUCUGUGAGAUAUGUAAUUAUGAGCCCACCUUGAUCUUUAUGAAAUAGCUUAUUGAUGAA